GAGCACACGGGGCGCCAGCUCUGAACGCUUCAUUCUCCUCCUUCAUCCUUCCUUCUUUUUGGCCCGAUUUUACACCGAAGGGCAGUUGCUGAUAACCACUCGCCAAGUUAAAACCCGCAAUGUGUCUCAUUAAGUUUGUAAAGUGGCGAGCACAACAAUGACAAAGUCGUGACAGAGUGAAUCAGAGCCGAAGCGAUAGUAAUAAAGGGUGAAAUUUGAGUCUUGGAGAAGGAGGGAUGAGUCAACUAGUGUUAUUAUUAAUAUCUAAUUAUUCAUGGAAUUAGUGGACAAAGUUUGCUCACCUGUUCGUAAUGAUGCAAAGAAAUAAUGGUGACGUGACUUGAUCAGUGGCAUUUUGGCUUGCAUUAGAGUUGGAGAAAGAUGACAGCUCUAUCAUUUGUGGCAAUAGACAAUUAAAAGUUUAUAAAUCGAUAAUAGUGUGACGGGACAAGAAGUCUCUUUUAUAUAUAAAGCUCACAUUAUACUAUGAAAUUAUUGAGAUUUACAGUAUCAAAAGUGUAAAAUUGUUGGCGACAUAUAACUAAAUAUUAAUAUUUGCAUAUUUGCAUCUUACGUACGUGUAAGAUUGAUUUGCUCGUAAAAAGUGAGCACGUGUGUUUUUCGAAAUUUGAAAACAAUGAAUAACAACUAAAGUGAAGAGGCUUACGCAAAGAAAAUAAUUAGACCCCAGGCAUCAAUUAGAUAAUAAGACAAGUGGGUGCGGUAAGGGGGGAGGCAUAGUGUUGAUAAUAUUGAUGGAUGCCAUGUCUGACGAUAAAUCUUGCAACAUCUACGCAAAGUACAAAAAUCGGGGGAGAGGUGGAUUUUUUGGCACAGGGCUCAAUGGAUACGAAGGUAUCCCCCAGAACUUGGUUCUCAACAUUAUCGGCUGGAUGAUAAUGAUUCUACUGUUCUCAUUUCUCCGGAAGAAAGCAUGGAAUUAUGGCAGACUAGCUCUCAUAGAGCGCACAGAGCAGUUUGCAGAAAGGGUCACCCACAUGAUCUUUGGUAGCCGCGCUGCAGGUCAGCAAAGUACAACUACGACAGGAGUCCCUAAUGGUAAUGGAGGAGGAGGAAGGGGUAGAGGGGAUGGAGAUAAUCAUGUCAUCAUCAGUGGCGAAGGGGAAGAAAUAACUUCAACACCCUCCGGUACGACUGCGACAACUCAGUUACUCAAACCCGGUGGGGUAAAUGUAAAUUCUGAAAGUCCUGAGAGCCAAAGUGGACUUGGGGCACAGCAACAACAAAGCACCGACCAUGAUUAUAGUCGUAUUGUUCACUCGGAUGCGAAGGUUAUUAUGGACACAGGAUACUUUAGUUGGAUCAAGAUUGUGUUUUCAUUAACGGAUAAACAGUAUAUGGAAAAAUGUGGCUUCGACUGCGUCCAGUACCUGUCAUUUCAACGACAUCUCAUUUUCUUGGCUUCAAUUGUGACGUUAACAUCAGUCGUGAUAAUUUUGCCGAUUAAUUAUCAAGGUACACCACUCACAGAUCAAACUGCUCAGUUCAACCAGACUACGAUUAUCAAUUUAAAACAUAAUGCAAAACUACUCUGGGUUCAUGUAAUACUCGCCAUUACAUUUCUUUUCCUAAGCAUUGCCGUAAUGAGACACUUUUCUAGAGCGCUAAAGUUUGUCGAUUGCGAUGAUCCUACUGCCAGACGGAGCAUCAUGAUUGUAGGGAUUUGCAGAAAAUUUUGCAUGGAAGAUAAACUGAAGAUGCAUUUCGAGGAGAUUUAUCCGGAUGUGGAGUUAUCAGAAGUUACAUUCGCUUAUGACAUAACUGAUCUUCAGAAAGUUGAGUUCUCCAGACAAACUGCGCAAUUGGCGAUAUUAUACUGGGAAGAUUAUAUGGCCAAGCAUGGAAGGCGCCCUACAAUGACCCCAUAUUAUUGUGGCGCUGUUUGUUGGUCUUGUUCUGAGGGCUGUGGCUGUGAUUCGAGGGAUGCAAUUGAAUUUUAUUCACAAGAAGAAGUGCAAUUUACAAGAGAAGUUGGAACGGAACGAGAGCGCGCAUUGACCAAACCACUUGGAAUUGCAUUUAUUACCUUCAAAACGGUGGAUAUGGCAGAACGAGUUGUGAAUGACUAUCGAUUUGUUUGUAAAGUAUUGGCACAAACUCCUCAGUCUAAAUUUAGCCACAAGUUAAAAUCAAGAAGAUGGACAGUCAAUUUUGCUCCACUACCAGAAGACAUCUACUGGGAAAAUCUAGCUACUGGACUCAAAACGUGGUAUGUCAAAGUCUUCGUUGUGAACAUUAUACUGGCUAUUAUUGUCGCGUUCUACACUACUCCAGUAUUCUUACUGCAAGCUAUUAUUCCAUUGUUGAAUAUUAACGCCACAAAUGCUACCACCAACGACUUGGAUGAUGGCCCACAAUCUCCAACUUCAACUCUUACGGGUCUAUUAAUUGACACCGUGCCAACACUUCUCCUUUGGAUUGUUGCUGUAACUCUUCCAAGCUUGGUUUCGGUUUCCGACAAAAUUAUUGGAUUUUGGAGUAAAACUGGUGAAAAUCGCUCAAGAAUGAUAAAGGUGUUUUCAUUCCUCAUUUUCAUGGUAAUUAUCCUUCCUUCCUUGGGGAUAACGAGUCUUACUGCAAUAAUUACGAAAGACUUUACAACGACAGCUUUGCAAUGGGAGUGUGUAUUUUCCAAAGAUAAUGGAGCUCUGUUUGUAAACUAUAUCUGCACAUCGACAUUCCUUGGAACGGCUUCAGAGUUGAUGAGACUACCAGAGCUUCUUGUCUACUGUAUCAAGCUUUGUUUUGCUCGUUCCGCCGCAGAAAUUGCGGCCAUUCGCCAGUCCGUUUUAUGGGACUUUCAAAUUGGAUCUCAAUACGCCUGGAUGAUGUUGAAUUUUGCAAUAUUUAGUGUGUUCAGCGUCAUAUUCCCUAUUGUCACACCUUUCGGUCUGGUCUACUUGGUCUUUAAACAUUAUGUCGACCGGUACAAUAUCUAUUUUGCCUACGGACCCACUAAAGUUGAAAAAGAAGUGCAUGGAACUGCCAUUAACUUUGUGAUCGUCUGCAUGUUCAUUCUCCAAAUCAAUUUGCUGGCGUAUGUAACCACCCAAGGUUCAGACACAGAAGACCUCCCUUCAAAAAGCGAAGCUAAGGGACUAAAAGUAUUUUGUGUUGUGGGAUUCUGUAUUACAGCUGCGCUUUUUAUUAGUCAAAUAUUUUUUAAUAUGUGUGCCAACUUCAGUCCGAUAUUGUACAGCCGAAUGUCUCAAGAAGGUUUGAAUCUCAACCCGGUAAUACGUAAUGGAGACGCCAUUUCUAACACGUCCAAUCCUAGCAGGGAACAUAAUUCUACUAACGUACAGUUUGCUCCCAGUGUGCGAAAGAACUUGGAAACUCCUUCAACGAAUAACCAGUCAUCACAGGCUCGUCCUAAUAUCACGGCAUCACAAAAUGGAGCACCAGGUAGCCAUCAUAGGCGAAAUCUAUCUGCAACAAUUUCUGAAGAUGGAAAUGGGGGGAGGAGAAAAUACUUUCCCAAAUUGCUUCAACCUCCGAAACAACGACACACAGGGAUGUUCCCUUCUCCAUCUCCCAGUAUUAAUUCUGUUGUGUCAGCCUCAAAUAAUGGACGAAAUCACAAAAAUGGACAUGGAAAAACUGUAACAGCGGUGAUUAUAAAUGAACAAGCAAGAAGUACUGAAGAACGAUAUCUCCUACAACCUAAACCACCCUGUACCAACUCGUCAGUGUAGCAUAACAAUAAAUUUGUUAAUUACAUGGUAUUACAAUCGACAAUCCUAUCCAGUUUUUCAGAAAUUCAACAUAAUCGCCGCCCGAAAAAUUAAAAACAUACCUAAGUUACAUGCGGAUAAGAUUUAUGCUAGGUCAAAUUGGUAAGAGGAUAACUGAGGUUAAUAAUGAGAUAAACUGCUUACAAUUAGUUCUAUCUUCGUAAUGACAGGCAACAACUACUAGCCUGGCUACACAUGUAACGAUGUAUGUAGCUAAUCUUGUGCUAAACAAGGCAAGCCAAGUCUAAUCUCUUUUAGUCGUGGUAUUUUUAUGUAUCCCACCGUGGUUGGUUUAGUUAUGAAAUCAAACAAACUACCCCGCUUUGUUUUUCGUACUACUAUACUAGUCCAAAGACAAAUCAUCAUGAAGACUGUAUGACGACAUGAUGAUUAUGGACGGGCAAAAACUGGGAAAUUAAGGGGUGCCAAAAUCCGCCGAGUUUGCUGAUUUAGAAUCGAUAUAGAAUCAUUCAUGUAGAAAUUGUCAUCAGUAUUUUGUAGUUGAUCGAAUGAGUCCCUGACAAGAUAUAUAGUGAAUACGUCUUGCUAGAUUUUGCCGUAGAGACUGAUUUUUUAAGAGUAUUCCGCGACUCGCAUUGGUAUCUUGAUCGAUUUCAAUUAAAUUGGUAGCAAAAUAAUACGCCAUUUUAUAAUGAAUUUAUUUAGCUUGAGCAUGACAUUAUAAAAUACAGAUUGAAUAUAUGUAUACGACUCCCGUACAACGAACGAUAUUGUACGAGCGAGAAAUAAUAACAAUUAGUUGGUUCAGUUUUGUGAUGUUUUGCUACAAUAUACUUACUACUUAAACUCUAAUAAUAACAAGUUUCAACCCAAGUUUGCAUGUAGCGUUUAUAAUCUAUCAAUUCUUUAUUAUAGUAAAUAUGCUUGUUCAAUGUAUGAAAUAUUUUUUAAAAGAAUAAUUACAGGUCCGCGGUGUCGUUUAUCCGGUUAUAAACAUUAAUCACGUCGAUUUUGUUUAUUGCGUUCCUAUUUUACUAAAUUGACACUUUGCAAAGCUACGCAUGCAUCAAAGGUGUAGACAUUAGACAUUAGUAAAGUAACGCGUCAGCAUGAAUAUGAAUGCAUGAUAAUUUGAUGUAUGUAUUUACAAUGGUAUGGUGUAGAAGUGUAUGCAGAUUGACAGGACAACAAUGAGUCGUAUUUGAAACACUAGUGUUGAUUUCUAUAAGUCAUGUUGAUAAGAUUUAAAACUUGAUUGAUGAUUUCGUAUCAUCAAUUCACCUCGUCGUUAGUGGGAAAUGAAUGUGAUGUUUAGUCAUUUUUCUACAAUUAAUUAUUGUUCUCUUCAGAUAGAAUUGAUAAUAAUAAAAAUUUGCAUACAAGUCAGAUAAAUAUAUUGCUAUUAAAACAUACUAUAGUUCUUGGACUUGAUAACGUUUAUUAUUUCAGAAAUUGCUUCCCAAAGAUUUUGUACCAAACACAUAAAUAAAGUUCCAAGAUGAUGUAUGCACUAGUUUGAUAACCGAUCAAGUUUUGAAGGGUCGGGAUAAGGAGGGAAGCAAAAUUAAUAAAAAUUGGAAUAAAAUCAA